UCCUAGUAGGCUUACCUAACACUUCCCCCCAGACUAAGCCUUAGCAAAAUAAAAAUAAUAAAUUGUUAAAUAAUUUGCGUAUAUUCCAAAUCAUUCUAACUGAUCUUAUAGAGCUAUUUGCGGCGAGUGAAACCGAUCCAAAUUAUGCUUAAGAUUCCAAAUCGGCGCAAGAUGCCUGUGUCAGAGCAACAGCCUCGAACCAUCAAGAUAGAGCGACCCAAGCCAGGAAGGAUACUAGGUCCUUUGAGCAUGUCACGCAUGCAGCAACAGACCUUCUUGGCCCAGAAUAACCAAACACUACCCGAAGAUCUGGGCAGUCGCUUGCAGACGCUGCAGAGACGUGUCCAAGAGUGGAAGUCUUCAGGCCAAGUCUGAGAUGAAACGCAAAGCUGGGGAUGAUGCAAAGUAUACUUUUAGUAAACCGAUACAAAUAUUGUAAUAAACAAAAAUUAAAAUAUUUUUUAAAAAACAAAUAUACAAGUAUGUAAAGCCUAA